AGAGAGAGGCGGGCCGGAGAGGAGAGAGAGGUCUUGCCUCUUGUCUUGCCGAGGCUCUUUGAUUCAGUGGCAGUGGCUGAGACAACCCCGUUACCGGCCACCGUCAACCCGGGUAACUACGACCCUCGAUACUCAAGCUCAACAGCUCAUGGUGAAGAUUUCUCAGAGGACAUUGCGUCUUCAUCGCGUCUCUGCAGCCCCUAUUUGAAGAGAACAUUUGGCAAUAGCGAACUUUUAUUUAAGAAAACAGAUUUACACUGGAUGACAAAGUCAGAAGAUGCUUUGUGUGUCUAAAGAGCGCAAAUUAUAUCACAUCAAAGCAUAUAAAAGCGUCAGUGACAGCUUGGCACAUACAGGAGUACCUGCGAUGAAGAAGCCCGCAAGAAGCUCCACGCGGUAAGAAGUGGAAGAGUGAUACUGAGAGCAGACAGAAGUGCGUGGAGGCCAAAGAACAGACACCAGCGAGUCCUCAAAUGAUGGGGAUAAAACACCUUCUGCUUCUUUUGAUUUACUUAGACCCGCUGAAUGUCCUGUGCACCGCCACCAACAACAAAAGAAGCAAAACCCCGACAAAUAGGAAGCCAAAGGUGAAGGACCUGAACGGCAGCACCACCGCGGUCCCGCUGGCCGCGGCCGUCCCGGGGAAGAUCACCCAGGUCCAGGCUCCCACGGUGCAGCACGACACCUGCCUGGGCUACUACGACGUGAGCGGGCAGUUAGACAAAGAGUUCAGCUGCAACAACACCGACCACCGCUUCUGUUGCGGCAGCUGCUUCUUACGCUUCUGCUGCGCGGACCGGGGGAAGCGGCUGGAGCAGAAAAUCUGCACCAACAUCAACACCCCGGACUGGAUCAAAACCCAGCCCCCCUCCCCGGCGCCAACAGGUGAUACCUACGACCCGGAGCUAGACCAGACCAACACCACGGUGUACAUCACCUGCGGAGUCGUAGCGCUCAUCAUUGCGAUUGGGAUAACUGCUAAAGUUGCCUAUGAUAAAGCCACCAAGCCCCCUCAGGAAAUGAACGUGCACAGAGCCCUGGCAGACAUUCUGAGGCAACAAGGACCAGUUCCAAUAUCUCAGUAUGAACACGAGAACAUUGCAGCGAUGGACGAGUCACCUAAAGACGAGACGCCGGUCAGAACCUCGAAGAAUCACUACACACCUGUUCACGCCAAGGCACCGAACCACGGACACUAUGGAAAAGAAAAUCUACGCAGCGGAGGCCAAGACAUGCACAACUUCAUCUCCUCUGGGUUUGUGACACUGGGACGUGGCCACUUGAAAGCGCAGCACUCCAUAGACGAAUCGGGGCAGAUGUCCUGGCAGGGCGAUCUGGACAUCCCCCUCUCCUACGGAAACCAUCACCAUGACUACCAACACAGCCACCUGGAUUUGACAGCACUCACACCUAAACUGGCCCACAGACAAAUGCGACACGAGAGACCACAGCGGAUGAACAACAUCCUGACCUCGGCCACCGAGCCCUACGACCUGUCCCUGUCCAGAUCCUUCCAGAACCUCAGCCAUCUGCCGCCCUCCUACGAGCUGGCCCUCAAGUCUGACUUAAGUAAAUACUCCUCCUCUCUCCACAGAUUAAGUGAUAAGGAUGUAGAUGAGUACUACACGAGGAAGCAUCAUCAUCCUGACUUUGGCGGCCGGGGACCAACCCACAUGGUGAAGCUAAACUCAGAACCCCAGCAGCACCAACAGCACCAACAGCACCAACAGCACCAACAGCACCAACAGCACCAACAGCACCAACAGCGGCAGCGUCCCCGCCGAGUCCAGAGGGCCAUGUCCCAGGAUCACGUCCUGUCCCCUCCCAGGACGCCACGUCGUGGGGACUAUGGCUUAUCGUCCUACGGCGUCAUGGCAGCUGCAUCAUACAGCAGCAGCCGGCACCUCUCAGAGGAGCAGCUGCUGUCAGCAGACCGCCUCCAAUCCCAGGAUCCUUUGCUGUCCCCCGCUAUGAGGCGCGACAAGUUCCGGGAGAAGGCGAUGGCGCGGGCGAUGUCUCACGCCGACAUGCUGAUGCCCGUCACGCCCACCAUGGACCGCCACAAGAUGACCAAGAUGCACUCUCAACCCACUGCCUCUACCGACUCCUACAACACGCUGACGGUCAACCACCAAGCGCCGACAUCUAAAAGGCAGGCGUUUGCCUCCCGACGAACACACACCGUGGACCAACUACAGUACAUUCCCGGCCACCACCACACAUACCGCACUGCCAGCAAGAACGAAGUAACUGUUUAACCACAGAGUGGAAGGAUUCCUGAGACACAGACGUCAACAGAAAUCUUCAAAAUCAGCAAAUCUCUUGUGCAGAGGUCUUCUUAUUAUAACAACCUCCUACAUUAAAAAAACUCUUCCAGCUUUUUAGCACAAGCUUCCUGUGUCAUCAAUAAUCAACCCCAGCAAAGACAUCUCUCUCUUAGAGCAUCAUAAGGGCUUUGCGUGUUGACACAAAGAGGGAUCCUUCAUGUCAGACGUUUGACGGCCUGAAGAAAAUAUUUUUUAAACUGGACAUGGGACUGGAUAGGAAUUGUAUCAACUUUAUAAAUAUAUAAAUAUACUAUAUUUACUAUUUGUAUUCUCAGUCCUUGUUAUAGCUUUAGAGAUUCUCAUUGACUGAUGUAAGCACUUCAAGUGGUGCAAGAUCUUGAACUCGUCCCCUUUCAGUGAAGAAGUGGAUUUAUGGGUUAAAAAGCACAAUUACUGAAUUCCCUUUUUUGUUUGAUUUAAUUGACUCUUCUUCUUUGGUAAACGGCCAGGACAUAUCACCUUAAUAGUUAAAACAGAGGCUAUUUCUGUUGCAUACAAUAGAUGAUUGUAAAUAGGCUAUAUUAGCAGCAUUAGAACAAGAAAAGCUGGCCCUUUGACUAUAUUGUUUGGUUUGGUUUUCUCCCACCUGGAAUAUUUCUUAGAUUCCCAAUUAAUACUUUUAGUUUUAGAUAAGGCAAAGAUCCCAAAUGAAUAUUAUUUCCACAGAUGUCCGCAAAAUAUGUGGAUGUAAUAUGUAUAUGGGAAGUAUUUUUUUCUUUCUACUGUGCUUGUAGCAUAGAAUGAUUGCGUAUGAAAUAACCUUUUACCACCGUCGGCUGGCAGCUUAAGUCUGCAGGUGGAAAUGAAGCUUGAUGGUUGUUUGACCUGAUUAAUUUGUGUUCACACAUCUUUUGUCAUCCACGAAGAUGACGCUCCACCGCCCUUUCUGCUCGGUUUGUGAUUGGCCAGCUGCUUUCAUCUCUACAUAUCAGGUACUCGUUGUGUCGGAGCGCAUGGGUCGAGCCGUAGUUUUGCAUCGAUGUGUUGACUGAAACAAUCAGUACUAAUGAGGACAUCAUAAUCAAGCAUUACUUAAAACUGUGACCUGUUUGUCCAGAUGUUUUCAUUAAAGCAAUGCCUUAUUGUAUGGAAUCCCAUGUGCUCUUAAUUGAACAAUCAUGCUUUUGUCAAAUGUCACGUGUUUGUGCAAUAUUAUUGAUUAUAGUUUACCAGCAGAACCAGCAGUAAAAUUCCGUUCAGUGAUAGAUGAUACAGUAUACCUCACAAAACAUUCAAAUAAAAGAGUCGCAAACUUUAAAAGGAAAACUAUAAAUAUAUACUAGAGGGUAUUUCUAUUUAAAAUCUGUCAAAGUAUCUCUAAACUAUUUUAGCUUUAUUGGAGGUCUGUUGGCUCAUACAGUGCUUCUUUUUCCCGCUGUUUAGUCAGAUGAAUUAGAGAUAAGAGGUCUUCAUGGGUUCACUUAGGUCCUUGUGUUCAAGACUAACUGGAACCACAGUUGGACUGGGUCUCUAAUGUGAUCUUAACCAUACUUGUCAUUAAUUAUAUUGAUUUCAGUUGGUUCUGGCCAAGGUGGUCUUUUGCAUUUUUAUCUAUGCGCAGAAGGUUUGUGCACGGUAAACGUUGAACGGUGAUAUUGUGUUUGUAAACUACCUGAUUCAUUUGAUUGGCUCUUUUGUACAAAAGAAGGGAACUGACCCUUCAUUUGGUAACAGUUUUUUUACAGUCAUUUUCUAAAUAAUCUGCCCGCCCUAGAUAUGCAGCUUAUAUCUUGUUUUCUAACAACGUGGAUGAUUUUAAAUUAGAGUCAGUUAGGGCCUGGUAUUUCUCAUGCAGAUUCCUUGUGUUUGAGGGCAUCAAUGUCCAGAGGGAGUAAGACUUUGCAUUGGUCCUGGAAUUAUACUCCAUAAAAUCGGGUCGGGGUAGGGUUUCAGUUAUGAGUGGAUCCUCUCUAAUGCCCAUUUCACACCAACGCGUUUUCAGCUCCGGCUCGGAGCUGGAGCCUGAAAAGUGCCGGUUUUUCCUGUUCACACCGCAGCGGCGCCGCCUCUUAGCUCCGGAAUCCAGUUCACUUCCAGCUCCAAAAAAAUGGUCGGUCUAGGGGCAAGAGCUUCGGAGCUAAGAGGUCGCGUCGCUUACGUCUCUCUUACGUCGAGGCGUGCAGGAAACUAAACCCACCUCCC